AUAAAGUUAAUUGUUUGAAAUGUAAUGGGCAACAUUUGUUAAUUAUGUGUAAAAUGAAUGAAGAAUUUCAUGGCAAUAAAAUUAAUGAAAAGGGGUCGGAAGAAAAAGUCGUUACGGAAAGCUCUUUAACUAACACUACAUGCAUGCGUCAGGUUUAUUUACAAACAUUAGUAGUACAAAUACGAGGGGAUAAUAAAACCAAAUUUAUUCGGAUUCUCAUUGAUACGGGUUCGCAGCGAUCGUACAUAUCGAAAUACGCUGCAACGUGUAUGGAAUAUGAUGUUAUCGGUGAAGAAUCUAUUUUGCAUUCUUUAUUUGGGGGUGUUAAAAAGACAGAAAAUCAUAGAAGAUAUUUAGUUCAUAUAAGUAAUGUAGAUAAUAGUUAUCAUUGUAAUUUUGAGGUAUUGGAUCAGGAAGUAAUUUGUUCUAAUAUUUCUAGAAUAAAUUUAUUCCCUCAUAUAAAAGAACUUAAAUCUCGUAGCAUAUUUUUAACUGAUACUACACAGGGUUAUAAUGAUCAGUUGUUGUAUCAAUCUUCUCCCUUAGAAAUUCAUUUGUUAAUUGGGGCUGACAUCGCUGGCAAACUGCUCAGUGGGAGCAUAGAGGAACUUAGUUCAGGAUUGGUUUGCGUUGGAACUAAAUUAGGUUGGACUCUAAUGGGAAAGAAUAAUAAGGCAGAAGAACAAGAUAGUACAAAUACCGUACUGUCUUGUCAUGUAAAUGAUGUGAAUAUUUCAGAUUUAUGGCGGUUAGAUACACUUGGUAUUGCUGACCCCAGUGAGAAAAAAACUAGGGAAGAAUUAGAACAAUCGGCAAAAGAGCAUUUUUUUCGAACCGUGACUAGAGACUCUGAGGGGAGGUAUCAAGUUCGAUUGCCCUGGAUUGAUGGGCAUUCCCCCUUAAAAAAUUGUAAGGGCAUUUCUGAGAAAAGACUAGAAAAUUGUAUAAAAUCCCUUAAGAAAUUAGGCAAAAUUACUGAUUACGAAACAAUUUUUGAUGACUGGUUAGAUCAGGGUAUAAUAGAGGAGGCGCAUUGUUCUGAACCAGAACACUAUUUACCUCACCGCCCUGUUUUUAAAGAAAAUUCGACAACGAAGGUUAGACCCGUCUUUGAUGGCUCCGCUCGAGAUAAGGAGUCGCCUUCUAUUAAUGACUGCUUAGAAAAGGGGCCCAACUUAGUAGAACUCAUACCUUCUGUCAUAAAUAGGUUUAGAAAAGGAAAAUAUGGAGUUGUGUCCGAUAUUGAAAAGGCAUUUUUGCAAAUCGGACUCCAUGAACAAGAUAGGGCUUAUUUAAAAUUUUUCUGGUGGCAGAACGGUAAAAAAGAACAUUCGAAAAUUUUUCAGCAUAGAAGGGUUGUUUUUGGAAUAUCCUCGAGUCCUUUCUUAUUAGGAGCUACUCUUGAAUUCCAUUUGAAUAAUGUUUCUUCUGAAUAUAAAGAAACAUCUCAAAAACUUUUGAAAUCCUUUUACGUAGACAAUUGUGUACACAGUGUUGAAAAUAAAGCAGAAUUAGUUAAGUUUAUUCAUGAAUCACAAGAAAUUCUCGCUUCCGCAAAAUUUAAUUUACGUGGGUGGGAGCAUACUCCUUUUGAAGAAUUUGAAUCUGAAUUGAUAGAAACCAAAACAGUCCCUGUAUUGGGUCUAAAAUGGGAUAGUAAAAAGGACAUUUUAUCCAUUGAUUUAAGAGAUUUAGAUCUCAUUGCAAAAAAUCAAUCAGUAACUAAAAGAAAUAUUUUGUCAACCGUACACAAAAUCUUUGAUCCUAUUGGAUUUACCUGUCCUGUAACCUUAAUACCAAAAUUAAUAUUACAAGAAUGCUGGAAAUUGAAAUUGUCUUGGGAUUCCGAGUUGCCAUCUUGGAUGGCUAAGAAAUUUAAUAAGUGGAAAGAUCAACUCAAAAUUUUAAAUGAUAUUUCUAUCCCCAGAUGUUUAGAUAAAAAUGAGAGAGUUAGGGAAAUAACAUUGCACGUAUUUUGUGAUGCUUCCGAAAAAGCAUACGCUGCGUGCGUAUUUUUGAGGAGUGAAGCACCGGACUCAAUUACUUGUCAAUUAAUACAGGCUAGGUCAAGGGUCGCCCACUGA